AUGCCGCGUCCGCUCAAGCCAAAACCCCACCGCCGCCAGCAGCGCAACUUCCGCAUCCUGCACCCUGAGGAUGUUGCGUGCCCUCUGCCUCCUUGCACCUCCAGCUUCAACACCAUGCCGAAUCGGAACAACUGGGCCCUCACCAUCCCCGACAGCCCCCAGUUCAUCAGCCCCAACCAACCCAAGUACCUGGUCGUCUUCUUGCGCACGGGCAUCAAAUCCAUGACCGUCCAGGCCCUUCUGGACGGGUGCAUUGCCAUCAGAGCCACCGGACUCAAGGCCAAGACAAGUGGCAUUCAUGUGCACAACUUCCACCAGAACGGGUUCGGUGUUUGGCGUCGCUACUCAGAGCUUGUCUUCAUCUCCGCAGACACGCGCGACGCCAAGGCGGAGGAGGCAGCGGCCUCUCUCAAGCGCUUGUAUGACACUGCCAUGGGCACUCGUCCUCUCCGCUUCCUGCGACAGUGCGACCCCGACACUGCCAGGAAGAUGGCUGUGCACCACCGGGAGGUGCACCGGCAGCUCGGCGAGGACAUGGGCCAUUCUGUUGCGGUCAUGGGCCAUCCUGUUGCGGUCAUGGGCCAUCCUGUUGCGGUCGAAACUACCCAGACACGCAAAAUGGGCGGCAUGGGCACCAUCUUAACGGUCUCCUUUGGCGAGGCCGUCAAGUGGCAUAAGGACGCCGACGACUUUGUUCCCCACUACUCCGUGGUGUGCGUGGCUGGGCACCAAGCCUUCCUCUACCUUAAAGGCGAGAUCAACUGCCGCAUUCGUCUUCAGCCAGGCGCGGUUAUUUAA